AUGAAGGUGUACUGCCGGUUCGCACCGCCACAAGCACCGGCGACGAUGGAGGGGGAACGGGAUGAAGCGGAUCUGCAGGCUGCGUGGUUGCCGCCCCCGAUGGUGCUGCUGUCGGUGCGGGAGACUUGUGGCGACCAAAAGCAGCAGAAUAAACACUAUCAGACAGUGACGGUAGCAGACCCGCGAUCUGGCAGCAUGGCGUCAGCUACGUGCCGCCGCAUUUUUCUCCCGCAGUUCAUGGGUGUCGGUGCGGGAAGCACGCCACCGGCCGCGACGCAGCGGCAACAGCAAGAGGUGUUUGACGAGGUAGUCCGUCCAUUCAUAGAAGAACUUCUAUCUGGAAAGCGGUGCACAUUCCUCGCGUACGGGCAGACAGCCACGGGAAAGACGUACACAAUGUUUGGGCCCAACAAUGAGGUCGAUUCCCCUAGCGUCCAGCGGCGACAGCAGUCCGCUUCGUCCUCUCGCAAUGAAGCCACUGAGAGGCAGCAGCAGGAGGAGGAGGAAGAGGGAAUUGUGCCGCGGCUCCUGCGUGCCAUUUUUGAUGAGCCGGGACCCGUAGUGCAAGAGAAGGUUGUCGAUUUUGUUGAUCUCUCCUG